AGGGUUCAAAGAUACAUGGAAAUUCAUUUAACUUGGGUUUGCAUUUUCCUAUUUUCGCUGGCAAUUUAAAAAUGGCCCCAAUUCAAGUUUGCAUCUUCCAUCUUGCAUUUUCAUGUGAGCCAGAUCCUCCUGGCCCCUUGUGUUUGUGCCUGUCAGUUGUCACUUUGGAAAGCGGCAACUUUUCUGUAUUGAUUGAAAUUGAUAAUUAAGAAAUAAUAAAAUAAAUAAAAAUGACAGCAACAUUUCCGGAUUAUGAUGUCAACUUUGUCUCAUCCCUUCAGCCAAGGAAAACCACUUUUUUUUUUUCUAAUGAAUCAACCACAACAGUUACAAGUGAAGCAAAUCUUGGUGAAGCCGAUUCAGUUAGCGGACCAAGUAACGAAAGCAGCGGAUGAUGCAAGUUCGUUUAAGCAAGAGUGUGCAGAGCUUAAGUCCAAGACAGAGAAACUCGCUGGCUUGCUUCGACAAGCGGCGCGUGCAAGUUCCGACCUUUACGAACGUCCUACGCGCCGCAUAAUCGAUGAUACCGAACAAGUCCUCGAGAAAGCUCUCUCUUUGGUACUCAAAUGCCGCGCCAAUGGCCUUAUGAAGCGCGUGUUCACAAUCAUCCCUGCUGCCGCGUUCCGUAAAAUGUCUUCUCAGCUUGAAAACUCAAUCGGCGAUGUUUCCUGGCUCCUACGCGUCUCAGCUUCCGCUGACGAUCGCGACGAUGAAUACUUAGGCCUUCCUCCGAUCGCUGCAAACGAGCCGAUUUUGUACCUAAUUUGGGAACAAAUCGCGAUUCUUUACACCGGUUCGCUUGACGACCGGGCCGACUCGGCUGCUUCGCUUGUUUCGUUGGCCAGAGACAAUGAUCGGUACGGGAAACUGAUUAUAGAAGAAGGAGGGGUUGGACCGUUAUUGAAAUUAGUCAAAGAAGGGAAAAUGGAAGGCCAAGAAAACGCCGCCAGAGCAAUCGGGCUUCUGGGUCGGGACCCGGAAAGCGUCGAGCACAUGAUCCUCUCUGGAGUUUGUACGGUGUUUGCGAAAAUCCUCAAAGAAGGUCCGAUGAAAGUUCAAGCCGUGACGGCGUGGGCGGUGUCUGAGCUGGCAGCUAAUUAUCCGAAAUGUCAAGAUUUAUUUGCUCAGCAUAACAUAAUUCGAUUACUCGUCAGUCAUUUGGCGUUUGAAACGAUCCAAGAACAUAGCAAAUAUGCAAUUACUAGUAACAAGGCGACUUCAAUCCACGCUGUGGUUAUGGCGAGUAGUAAUAAUUCGAAUGUGAAUAAUGUGAAACAUGUUGUUGAUGAAGAUCAUGAGAGUCAGAUUCCACAUCCGAUGGGAACCCAAACGCCGAACCGGAUGUAUAAUGUGGUUGCCAAUACUAUGGCAAUGAAGUUGCCACAAAAGCCGAGUAAUAAUCAUGUUAGGAGCAAUAGUCAGGGCAAUGUCAUGCAAAUUCAUUAUCAACAUCAGCAGAAUGGUUCGGUUUCGGGUGCGAAUAUCAGGGGAAGGGAAUUGGAAGAUCCUGCUACCAAGACUUACAUGAAAGCAAUGGCAGCUAGAGCUUUAUGGCAUCUUGCUAAGGGGAACUCGGCUAUUUGUCGGAGUAUUACUGAGUCUAGAGCAUUGUUGUGUUUUGCGGUUUUGUUAGAAAAAGGAACUGAUGAGGUGCAGUUUAAUUCAGCUAUGGCAUUGAUGGAGAUUACAGCUGUGGCAGAGCAGGAUACUAAUUUGAGAAGGUCUGCAUUUAAGCCGAAUUCUCAUGCUUGUAAGCUUGUUGUUGAUCAGCUAUUGAAGAUUAUUGAGAAAGCUGAUUCGGAACUGCUGAUUCCUUGUGUCAAGGCUAUUGGUAAUUUGGCUAGGACGUUUAGAGCAACGGAAACAAGGAUGAUUUCCCCUUUGGUUAAACUUCUUGAUGAGAGGGAAGCUGAAGAUUCUAAGGAGGCUGCGAUUGCGCUUGCCAAGUUUGCUUGCACAGACAACUACCUACACCUUGAUCACUCCAAGGCAAUCAUUAGUGCAGGAGGUGCAAAGCAUUUGGUUCAACUAGUGUAUUUUGGGGAACAAAUUGUUCAACACUCAGCAUUAGUUCUCCUAUGUUACAUUGCCCUCCAUGUACCGGAUAGCGAAGAACUUGCCAAAGCUGAAGUGCUUACAGUGCUUGAAUGGGCAUCCAAGCAAUCCCACAUGACCCAGGUUGAAACAGUAGACCCACUUUUACAAGAGGCCAAAAGUAGAUUGGAGUUGUAUCAGUCUAGAGGUUCAAGAGGGUUUCAUUGAUUCAACAGCUUUUCCAUUGCAAUUUCGUGUUUAAAACAAUAUCCCAUCAUUUUGUUUUGAAUUCAUCAUUCUAAUGGAGUGUACAUACAGUUAGAGGUCUUCCAUAGAUCAUCAUAAGUAUUUCCUGUCCUUUGCAGAGUUGCUGCUUAUUUUCUGUGUCCUCAUCGAUUGUCUUUUGAGUAGCACGGCUGGUGUAAGGCCAGAAAAGAGUUCAAGAUGUUUACCAGGUCAUAUCUGUGUUCCACAUUUUUUUUUUUUGUUCCUUUCUGAAUUUCUUCCCCUUGGGAAUCAAAACUGUCUGUUGGUUUAGAAAUUAAAUUUAUUUAUAUUAUUCGAAAAGGAUUCAGUUUGCAUUA